AUGAAAAGGCUCGCCCAAAAUCACAGCACCAUCGGCGUUUUGAUUGCGUUGCGCCUGACAUUGAGGUACUUCUAUGUCUGUCCCAGUGGUCACGGGUUCACUUCGCGUGCCAGUGGCGCGGACAGAAUCUGCCCCAGAUGCAAGGACCAACAUGCCAAGAACAGCGUGGGAUUGGACGGAACGGAAGUUGAGUGGCCUACAUUGACAGAGAUCGGACCUACCGACCUUAGGAUUGCGGAGAUGCCGCGGGCUCGCGGGCUGGUAUGUCGAGUUGACCCCAAUGCUUUGGAUCUUCUCACGUGCUACCACUCCCUGACAGCUUCGCUGUAUGAGAAGAGCAUCCUCUGCCUCCUUCUCGUUGCCCGGGACUUGUUGGAGGAACUGAACGAAGGCAGGUGCACGUUGAGCACCAAGCUUGGGCAGGUGUGGCGCAGACCUGGUCCAGAGCGCGACGGGCUCAUCCCUGCGCUGACCCGCAUUGUGCGGGCAUGCGAAGUGGUGCUGCAACUUACCGACGGUCACGGCAUCGAUGUGGUCUAUAAGAAGCAAGACCAUCCUUUCUCGCAGGCCCCUUUUGAAGCAAGUAGAGGCAGCUUUCUGCACAGUGUGGCCUUCCGCGGCAGUCGAUUCCGCCGGCUCCAUUGCGCUGUCGAGACGAAGGGGGAUCGGAGACACCUAGCAAAAGACUGCCAUGAGAAUGGCAUCAGAGGACUCCAUGUAGAGAAGGAAAAUCAUUUGGUCUUCAUAGUGACUGAUACUGCAGAGGCUGACAUGGAGGCCAUGAGCCGGUUUCCAUUCGGUGGCAUCGUGGAGCAGUUGAAGCGGAAGCAGCGUGCCACGCACGAUCAGCUUCACUGUCAAGCGUGCGAUUACUUGGGACGGCACUGUGGAGCCUCGAAGUCAAGGGCCAUCGCGCGCAGCUUCGUGAAGGGCGGGACCCUUUACUUGAAAGGCUUACCUGCCCUGGCAGACGAAGCUUUCGUGAACACUGUUAUCCGCGAGGCUGAACGCGCCGUGAGGGAGGUGGAUGGCACCAUGGGCUUGCGUUGGCAAAUUCAGCGUGUUGAGGAUGCAUGGCGUGCAGGAGAGAAGGUGGCCGUCGUCAAGUUCUUCCACGCUGAGAUCUGUUCGCAAUUUUGUGACAAGGCCAAGCACAUCUUGAAGGAGAAGUUGCGAGCAGCGGAAAAUGCAGUCCCAGGGGCCAGACUCGAGACUGGCCCCGGUUUAUUGUAUGCUGCGGAUAUCUUCCUUCAAGAAGGCAACAUUCAGGACGUCCGAGAUCUUCAGACGUCCGUCAGGUGGUAG